CACAUAUACACCAGUUAAUUCAGAACCAGUACCAAACGGUCGUGAGAAGAACGGAAGGAAGAUCCCGUAGCAACACCAUCGAGAUCAUCAAUGGAAACCGUGACGAAAAUGGGUCCUUGCGGUGGCGGCGGCGGCACGAACCGGGAUAUGGACGUCCGUGCCGUCAACCGUAUCGUCAGGGUCGUCGUCCGCCACGGCUACGCCAUCGACGCCAUCUCCUGCCAGUACGAGCGCGACGGUGUGCAGGAGCAGACCGAAGAUUGGGGAGGAACCGGCGGAGCCCUCUCUGAGAUCCGUUUGGGCCCGGACGAGUACUUGACCGGCGUCAAAGGCCACAUCGGCAGUUUCAUGUUCGUAACUUGUCUGAAAUCGCUGACGUUGGUGAGCAACCUGCGCAGCUACGGGCCGUUUGGGAAAGAGGAUGGCAUGGAGUUCACGCUCUCGGCGCCGCCCGGCGGUAGGAUCAUCGGCUUCCACGGGCGUUCCUGGUGGCUCCUCGACGCGAUCGGCAUCUACGUCAAGGCUUGGAACUUGCCCCCUCAAAAGACCAAAAAAGACGGGGAGCGGAGCUGACAGGCAUCAUCCGGCCGGGAGCUGCGCGUUGACGACUGUGUACGGGAUUACGCGGCGGCCCCGAUUUCUU